AUGCGUUGCUCUGCUGCCAUCGAUUUGCUGUUCCUUCUUGAUGGAUCGUACAGUAUCGGCAAAGGAAGCUUCGAAAAGUCCAAGCAUGUCGUGAUCAAACUCUGUGAUGCUCUAGAUAUCAAUCCAGACAGGGUCAGAGUUGGAGUAAUCCAGUACGGUUCAAGGCCGAAAUUUGAAUUUUUUCUGAACUCUUACUUAACGAAAGAAGAAGUAAAGGAAGAAGUCAAAAGGAUCGUAUUUAGAGGUGGAAGCACACAGACGGGCCUGGCUUUGAAGUACGUUCUUCAUAAAGAUUUCCCAGGUGGAAGGAACUCGUCUGUUCCGCGAAUUCUUGUCAUUCUCACUGACGGCAAGUCUCAGGGUCACAUUGUACCAGCAGCCACGCACGUGAAGCAAACUGGAAUAACAGUGUUUGCGGUGGGUGUCAAGUUUCCAAGGUGGGAGGAGCUGUACACACUGGCCAGUGAGCCCAGCGAGAGCCACGUGUUGUUUGCGGAACAUUUCGACGACACCGUCAACGGCCUUUACACCACACUCACCAGCUCUGAUGUCUGCAAUGCCAUUCCCCCAGCUUGUAAACUCGAAUCCCGAUUCUGUGAACGUAAAACAUUGGAAACGGUGAAGGAAUUUAAAGGAAACUUCAUGUGUUGGAAGGGAUCAAAAGGAAACAAUGGACCUUUUUCAACAUUAUGCCCUUAUUAUAGUUGGAAACGUGUUUACAAAACACAUCUUUCUCGGUGUUACAGAACAACUUGUCCAGAUCCUUGCGACUCACAGCCCUGUCAGUAUGGAGGGACCUGCAUCUCCGAAGGGUUUCAAACCUACCACUGCAUCUGCCCAGCAGGAUUCGAAGGAGAUACCAGUUGUUCUCCGCAGCAGGGCCUGGACUGCAGCGUGGACCUCUUGUUGCUGAUCGACAGUUCGUCAAGUAUGACCCCGGCAGGAUUCCUUCUGUUCAAAGCAUUUGUGAAGAGGUUCCUCCAGGCCGUGCUGACCGGAGAGCCUCCUGUCAACGUGGGAGUGGGACAAUACAGCGACGAGGUCCGAAUGGUCCUGCCUGUGAGACAACACGGGGAGAUCCCUAAUAUCGUCCAGCAAAUGGAUUUGAUGGGGUUCAGUGGCGGAAGCACAAAGACUGGCAAAGCUCUGCGAUCCAUCACGCAGUUUGGGUUUCAAGCCCCAGAGGGUUUCCCAGGCAUUCAGAACGACCGUCCCCACGUCCUGGUUUUGCUGACUGAUUCGGAAUCUCAGGACGAUGUGCUGGAAGCCUCCAGAUAUGCCAGAGAACGAGAAAUCUUCAUUAUUGCGAUCGGGAAGCAGGCUGUGAAAAACGAGCUGGACAACCUGACAGGAAACCCACAGAGGACCAUCACCUACUCAACCCCACAGGGUCUCUUCAGUAAGAUUCCUGAUCUCAGGUCAAAGAUCUGCAGCAUUGACAGUCAAGGGUGUUUGUUUCAGCCUCUGGAUCUGGUCUUCGCUCUGGAUGCCUCUGGCGCGGUCGGGAAGGACAACUUUAAGGAGCUGAAGGACUUCGCGCAGAGCGCCAUCGAGCAGUUUGAAAUCAACCGCGAUGUGACACAGGUCGGCCUGGUCAUCUACGGCGGGAGCCCCGUCACCGUGUUCGGCCUCGACGCUUUUGACUCGGGCACCAACCUCCAGAUGGCCAUCAGCGGGGCCCCUUACCUGGGAGGGACGGCUUCCGCCGGCAGCGCCCUGCUCCACGUCUACGACAACAUCAUGAGCAUCCACCAGGGGGCGCGAGCGGGCGUCAACAAGGUGGUGGUGGUGAUCACAGACGGGACGAGUACCGAGGACGCUGCUGUUCCUGCGCAGAAGCUGAGGGACAACGGCAUCACCGUGUUCGCGGUGGGAAUCGGCGAUGUGCCCAGGAGAUCGCUGCUCAGGAUCGCGGGGUCUGACAGCUUUGUGGUACCCGUGCCAUCUUACAAGGAUCUCAAGUACUUUGAAGACAUCGUGGUUCACAGAGUGUGCGAAGUGGCAAAGAACCCGGUUCAUCUGUGUAAACCAAACCCGUGUAUGAAUGGUGGGGAGUGUACCCUCCACAAUGGGAGUUACCGCUGUGACUGCAAGGGCUGGGAGGGAUUGCACUGCGAGCGCAGAAUCACUAGACUGGAGCCACGUGGCGAUUUUCCUCGGUUCCCUCGAAACCACCGCAGGCAGCGAAAAUUCCAUCGCUUAAACCGAAGAGGUAAAAUGCGACUGCGUAAGAAGAGUGCACACAAAAGGAAUUAACGAGGCCACAGUUUCCAGCAAGACAUAAACUCAGGACUUCACGUCAGGUUUUCAAGAGUCAAUACUACAUGGAAACUUUGAUGGGCUGCUCUCAUUCCACUCCCCAACUCAUCCAUUUAGAAUUAGAGAAAGUGGGGGCAGAGGCUGAGCGAUCUGUUCCCAGCUCCACAACAACA